CCGCCAGCGGUGUACCCCACCGCGCCGUGCAAGAACAUGGCGGGAUCGGUGGCCGACAGUGAUGCCGUGGUGAAACUAGAUGAUGGGCAUUUAAACAACUCCUUGGGCUCUCCAGUUCAAGCAGACGUGUACUUCCCACGACUGAUAGUUCCAUUUUGUGGGCACAUUAAAGGUGGCAUGAGACCAGGAAAGAAGGUGUUAGUGAUGGGCAUUGUAGAUCUCAACCCAGAAAGCUUUGCUAUCAGCUUGACCUGCGGUGACUCCGAAGAUCCUCCUGCUGACGUGGCAAUUGAACUCAAAGCUGUGUUCACAGACCGACAGCUACUUAGAAAUUCUUGUAUAUCUGGAGAAAGGGGUGAAGAACAAUCAGCCAUCCCUUACUUUCCAUUCAUCCCAGACCAGCCAUUCAGGGUGGAAAUUCUUUGUGAGCACCCACGUUUCAGAGUGUUUGUGGAUGGACAUCAACUCUUUGAUUUUUACCAUCGCAUUCAAACGUUAUCUGCGAUUGACACCAUAAAGAUAAAUGGGGACCUCCAGAUCACCAAACUUGGCUGACAGCAUUUAAACCACUUCUAUUUCAAAUAGGAUCAGGUGCCACAACCAUAUGACUGUCAGUCUGGAAUAAAUGUCCCAGCAAGAUCUGGAGACUUACAAAGAAAACAAAAGGCAAGCUUCACUGUCUCUUCUUUCUGUGCAGUUUAAGCCCAAAAUGACAACUUCAACUAUGGUUUGCCCAUAGGAAGAAAGCUGUCGGACAAAGACACCGAGCCAUUAUUCCCAAAACGAAGUAAUACAUAUGCUGGAUUUAUUCAGACAAAACUAAAAUGGAUUUGUGAUGAUUUGUGAUUGGAUAGCAAAUUAUUUGUCACUUCAAAGCAAGGUGAUGUUUAGAAACAAAGUGCUAAAGACAUCAAAAACAACAACGGUACACCGAAAUCAACACUUUUCUGCACUGAAGUAGAAUUGUGUAGCACAACCAACAUUUUAGUCAGGGUAUUUACAUAGAAUGUAGGUUGCUCAAGAUUUAUUAUUUUUUCUUUCUUCCUUUUUUUGCACAGCAUAAUGUCAGUUCAGAUUUUUGAAGCUUUCUUGUAGUUAUUUAUUUAUAUUCAGUGUAUGUACUAGGGAAUGAGCAAUGUCUCAAGAACAGCGAAUUAUGAACUUUUGAAUGUACAAAUAUCUUGGGUCUGAGAGGGGAAACUACGUAUUACAAUCAUAAAACAGGUGAAUUUAUAUCUUAAAGAGUUGGGUUGUAUCCUCCAUACUCCUGAACAUAGGAUCUCUUAAUAUAAAUUGUCAUAAGUGCUUUUGGGAAAAAAAUUUGCAACAUUUCGAUAAAAUUGCUAUUCAUGUUGUCGAUUA